CCUUGCCCUUCUUCAUUAUUCGAAACCUAUACAACUACGAGACAAAAAGAGGCAAAGAGCACGAACGGUAUAUUCUCCCCGCCAAUAAUUUCUUCUUUUACUCCAUCCUCUUCCCCUUGGAAACCAUAGAUGAUAAAGAACCAAACUUUGUUUGCAAUUCUACCACAAAAAAAAAAAGACUCUUCGGUUAUACAUACAGAACAGAAGAAUCCAAAUACACUUGACUCAUGGGCGAACAAGAUUGUUGCUCGACUCAACUCAUCGACGGAAAUGGCGAAUUCAACGUCACCGGUCUCCACAACUUCAUGAAAACUGCCAAGCUCGCCGACUUGGGACUUUCGUACGCCGUCGUCGCAAUCAUGGGCCCACAAAGCAGUGGGAAGAGCACACUGUUGAAUCAUCUUUUCAGUACCAAUUUUAGGGAGAUGGAUGCAUUCAGGGGAAGGAGCCAAACAACAAAGGGCAUUUGGAUUGCAAAGGCUGUAGGGAUUGAACCGUGUACAAUUGUCAUGGAUUUAGAGGGUACAGAUGGGAGAGAAAGAGGCGAGGAUGACACAGCCUUCGAGAAACAAAGUGCUCUAUUUGCUUUGGCAAUUUCAGACAUAGUACUCAUAAAUAUGUGGUGUCAUGAUAUCGGCCGGGAGCAAGCUGCCAACAGGCCUCUUCUAAAAACAGUAUUUCAGGUUAUGAUGCGCUUAUUUAGUCCCCGCAAAACUACACUUCUCUUUGUAAUACGUGAUAAAACCAAGACCCCGCUUGAACAUUUGGAGCCUGUUCUGAGGGAAGAUAUUCAGAAGAUAUGGGAUACAGUUUCUAAGCCCCAGGCUCACAAGGACACACCUCUUAGUGAAUUUUUCAAUGUGGAGGUCACUGCUUUAUCUAGCUAUGAAGAGAAGGAAGAGCAGUUUAAAGAGCAGGUUGCUCAAUUGAGGCAGCGUUUUUUCCAUUCUAUUGCUCCAGGAGGGCUUGCUGGGGAUAGAAGAGGUGUUGUCCCUAGCUCAGGAUUUUCUUUCAGUGCUCAGCAGAUAUGGAAAGUUAUAAAAGAAAAUAGGGACCUAGACCUUCCUGCUCACAAGGUCAUGGUUGCCACUGUCCGGUGUGAAGAGAUUGCCAGUGAUAAGCUAAGACGCUUGACCUCUGAUGAGCGUUGGUUGGAUUUGGAGGAAGCCAUUCAAUCUGGUCGAGUACCUGGUUUUGGGAAGAAGCUCAGUUCAAUCUUAGAUACCUAUCUUUCGGAAUAUGAUAUGGAGGCUUUCUACUUUGAUGAACUUGUGAGAAAGGCAAAGAGACAACAGUUAGAGUCAAAAGUAUUGCAGUUAGUGCAUCCUGCCUAUGUCACCAUGUUGGGACAUUUACGUUCUAAAGCACUUGAGAGUUUUAAGACACAUCUCGAACAAUCUUUGCUUAUAGGAGAUGGAUUUGCUGUUUCUGUUCGUAACUGCAAGCAGGCAUGUAUGCUUGAGUUCGACAGGAGUUGUGCAGAUGCUUCUAUACAGCAAGCUAAUUGGGACGCUUCAAGAUUGCGGGAGAAACUUCUUCGUGACAUUGAGGCUUAUGCAUCCUCAGUUCGUAGUGCAAAGUUGUCAGAAACCAUUGCUAACCAAGAGGAAAAACUCGAUCAAGCCCUGGCUGCACCUAUGGAGUCCCUUCUGGAGGCUGGUGGGAAAGAUACCUGGGCGUCUAUAAGAAGGCUUCUAAGACGUGAGACUGAGGCUGCAAUAUCAGGAUUUUCAUCUGCUGUCACCAGUUUUGAGUUGGACCAAUCAACAUUUGACAAAAUGGUGCAAAAUUUGAGAGACUAUGCAAGAAGUAUAGUGGAAAAAAAAUCUAGGGAGGAAGCUGGGAAAGUUCUAAUUCUUAUGAAGGAUAGGUUCUCGAGUGUCUUCAACCAUGACAUAGAUUCAAUGCCGAGGGUUUGGACUGGAAAGGAAGAUAUUAGAACCAUCACACAAAAUGCCCGCUCUGAGUCACUGAAGCUUUUAUCUGUUAUGGCUGCCAUUCGUUUGGACAAGAAGCCAGAUAAGAUAGAGAAUGUACUUUUCUCAUCGCUCAUGGAUGGAACAGUUGGUGUUCCUUAUUCCCAAGGUAGGAGGAUUGGAGAUUCCGUAGAUCCCCUUGCCUCAAGCUCAUGGGCAGAGAUACCGCAGGACAAGACUCUUAUUACGCCCGUGCAGUGUAAGACUCUGUGGAGACAAUUUAAGUCAGAAACCGACUAUUCAGUCACUCUAGCUAAUUCUGCACAGGAGGCUUACAAAAAGAGCAACAACUGGUUACCUCCUCCUUGGGCUAUCUUGGCGAUGAUUGUUCUUGGGUUUAAUGAAUUCAUGCUUCUUUUAAAGAAUCCUCUUUACCCAAUGAUCUUAUUUGUUGUAUUCUUACUUGCGAAAGCCUUAUGGGUGCAAAUGGACAUUCCUGGGGAGUUCCGUCAUGGCUAUCUAGCCGGAGUUCUUUCCGUCACGUCACGGUUUCUUCCCACUGUCAUGAACCUUCUGAGGCGACUUGCAGAAGAGGCUCAAGGGCAUCCGGCUCCUGAAACACCAAGCCCACCGCAUUCUCUGGCUUCUCAUAGUUUGAGAACUCAAACUUACCAACCAAACUUGUCAGUAUCAAGUUCAGUGCCUGAUUCAUCUGUAUCAACCCAUAUCUCGUCAACUGAAGGUGGUGUUGAAUACUCAAGCCCUCAGCUAACCCACAGGCGAGGUGUGAAUGUUGAACAGGCUGAGUUCUCUUGAACCCAAAUACUAAUUCUUUUUUUAUGUUGAAUGUAUAGUCAAAUAGAUUUGAAUAAUUCCCUUUGUGAGGAUUGAGAUGUAAACAUGAAAGAUAAGCUUUGCAAAUGAAUGCAUUGCCCUGUAAAUCUUAAAGAGAUAACCUCGUCGAGAUUAGUAGGGACACAACAGAAUAUGCUUUAAUCCACGGAGAGAAUACAAGUGGCCAUGCAGAAAAUGUUCGAGGAAUAACAAAAAGGAAGACAACACUGUUGAAACUAUGGUACAUGUUUUCUGAAAAGCCCAAUUAGGAGGGAUGGUUGUGUGAAUGAUUUGAUUAUCCAUUACUGGAAUCAUGAUGUGCGUACAACUGGCAUUGUUCUCAA